CUAUUACUAAGAGACAUGACGCAACCACUGAUCCUUUAGGUAAGCCCAGCAUUGUUUCGCAAAAGCAGAUCCGGUUAACUGUCUAAUUGUUUCCUCCCCACCUAGCAGCGGGGUGGGCAAACGCGACGGGACUAUGUGACGUCAUCACAGCGUUGUCACUACAUAGUCGUGCCCUCUCGUGGACCUCUCCUGCACCACACCAUCUGCUCCCAAUAGUCCUCUACUCAGCUACCCAAAUCACUUACCUCGCAACGCGUCUUCUCCAACACUACCAUCAACAUGUCUGGCUUCAGUAACGCGGAUACCGGCUCUAAGACCGCCGACCCCUACACUCAGAAGAACCUCGAGGAACCUUCUCUGAAGGAGAAGGUUGAGGAUCUGUUCAGCUUCGUCGACAAGACCAAGUUCUGCCUCUUGACCACGCAGGUUGCGGACAGCGAUCUUUUGGCUUCGAGAGCAAUGGCACUUGCUGCCAAGGAGGGACACGGCUUCGAUCUCCUCUUCCACACCAACACUGAGUCUGGCAAGACGGACGACCUGAAAGAACACGCGUCGGUCAACAUUGGCUUCAUCAACAACUCCGGAGAAUGGGCGUCCAUCUCUGGCCAUGCAUCCAUUGAGACUGAUCGCGAGAUUGUCCGCAAGCACUAUUCACCAGCGCUCAAGGCCUGGAUCGGCGACCUCGGCGACGGCAAGCACGACGGCGGUCCAGAAGACCCGCGCAUUGGCAUCAUCCGCGUCAAGGCUAGCACUGCUCAAUACGCCAUAUCCAAGAGGACCCAAGUCGGCGGGCUUAUUGAGCUAGCAAAGGGUAUCGCGAGCGGCGAGUCACCAAACGUGAACAAGCUGAGGCAGAUAUCCGAGGCGGAGAUCCAGCAGUACAGAUCUCAAUAGAUGUGGUGAAAGUUUAGUGGAUUGAUACUUCUAUGGUCUAUGUAAUUACAAAAAUACCUCGAUAAGCUUACGAUCGAUAUAAUGAAUUCAGAGUUACGGCCACAG